CAGCCGAGCUUUUCAUCAGAUCCCUGUAGGCAGAUGACUGUAGGAGUCCCUUAAAUACGGCUCUCUGCCCUCUUAGCUCGCAUUCAGCAGCCGUAGCUGUCUAUUGGUGUUUCCAUUAUAAGCCCGGGUGAAGGCUGCUUUGAGCUUUACGAUCUAUUAGCGCGCGCUGUUAGCCAACCGUGUUUGAAAAUGAACGGCCAUCUGAACGGGUUAUACAGCGAUUCUCUCCACGAUGAGGACUGUUUCCUCUUCACCUCCGAGUCAGUUGGAGAAGGUCAUCCCGAUAAGAUUUGUGACCGGAUAAGUGACGCUGUGUUGGAUGCUCAUCUGAGACAGGACCCUGAUGCCAAGGUAGCAUGUGAGACCGUAGCUAAGACGGGGAUGAUCCUGCUUGCGGGGGAGAUCACCUCACGGGCCAAUGUUGAUUAUCAGAAGAUUGUCAGGGAGACGAUUAAGGACAUCGGCUAUGACGACUCCUCCAAAGGUUUUGACUACAAGACUUGUAAUGUUUUAGUGGCUUUGGAGCAACAGUCGCAUGACAUAGCUCAGGGUGUUUAUCUCGACCGUAAGGAAGAGGACGUUGGAGCCGGCGAUCAGGGUCUCAUGUUUGGUUAUGCUACUGAUGAGACAGAAGAGUGUAUGCCCCUCACCAUCGUCUUGGCUCACAAGCUUAAUGCCAAGAUGGCGGAGUUGCGUCGAGAUGGAACACUGCCGUGGGUCCGACCUGACUCCAAGACACAGGUGACCGUUCAGUAUAGGCAGGACCGAGGAGCCGUGGUGCCGAUUCGUGUCCACACCAUCGUGAUCUCUGUGCAGCACGACGAGUGUGUGAGUUUGGAGGAGAUGCGCCACAGUCUGAAGGAGCAGGUGGUGAAAGCCGUGGUUCCAUCUGGGUACCUAGACGAUGACACUAUUUAUCACCUGCAGCCAAGCGGCCGGUUUGUCAUUGGUGGUCCACAGAGUGAUGCAGGUUUGACUGGGCGUAAGAUCAUUGUGGACACCUAUGGUGGAUGGGGAGCUCAUGGAGGUGGAGCUUUUUCUGGGAAGGACUACACUAAGGUUGAUCGUUCUGCAGCAUACGCAGCUCGUUGGGUGGCCAAAUCUCUUGUAAAGGCUGGACUCUGCAGACGUGUCUUGGUCCAAGUUUCCUACGCUAUUGGAGUGUCCCAUCCUCUGUCCGUUUCCAUAUUUCAUUACGGGACUUCUCAGAAGAGCGAGAAAGAGCUGUUGGACAUCGUGAGAAAGAACUUUGAUCUUCGUCCAGGAGUUAUCGUGAGGGACCUUGACCUGAGGAAGCCCAUCUACCAGCGCACAGCCGCCUACGGUCACUUCGGUCGUGACUUGUUCUCAUGGGAGGUUCCCAAGAAGCUGAAAAGCUAAAGCUCCCUGCUCUCUGCAGCCAGCCCCUGCCGUCCUGCAGAUAAACCCUUUUGUCACCCCAUCCUCUCCUCCUCUUCUCUUUGUUUUGCUUGUACAUCAGAACACCGUCAGACUAGAUGGCCUUUGUCAAAGUGUUUGCAAAGUUACUAUUAUUUCUUGCUUUAUCUUAGUUGUUGGUCAUUUAUUAUUCAUUCAUUGAUGGAUUUCAGAUUGAGGUUUCUAAGUUGUGACAUCUCUCCUGCAUCUCACUGCAGCACAGAUGAGGAAGUGAGCCACCUUUAAAUAGUAAAAGCAUCACACUCCUUUUUUCUGUUUCUUUCAGACUUCGAUGUUACAAACGGAAACCAGACGACUAUCAUUUAGCUGUGUGUGCAGGCCCUUCAUGCCAUUGUUCUUUUUCUGACGUUUUACAGAGAAGUCAGAAGCUGCUAAUGACCUUAUGGUUAUGUUGGAACUGCACAGAUUAAUGUAUUUUGUAGAUAUUUAUUUUCUAGGAUUAAACGUCAUUGCCAUGUUCUAAACUAUUCAGUAUGUUGACUAAGAUAAAAGCACAGAGAUCACUUUAUUUCUGAAGGCAAACACUUCUUCGCCCUGAUUAGUCGUCGCCUUUUCCCCACAUCAGCUCAACACAGAUCAUUUUGUG